AGUCCUCGCACCUCAGCCCAACAUGGACUAUUCAACUCCCCGACCGCCUGUUUACGAUAUGAAAUACCCACCGGAGUACGAUCCCACAUCGCCUCUUUACGAGAUCCCACCGGAGUACGUGAGCGCUUCACUGCCUCCACAACAGCAAUAUGGGUCGUCGUUUGGCUAUUCCCAGCCAGCCGAAAGUAUGAGGCACACUCCAACAUCUCUAGGAUGGCAUCAAGGGUCGGAAUUCAUCAAGUUAUAUCAGUUCAUCGUACCAAAGGGCAAACUACCAUACUUUCAGUUGUGUGACAAGUGGGCGCCAACUUACCAGACCCCACCUAGAGUUUAUUUGGAUGAACCAAAAGGUUAUAGGAAGAACCAGUUCCCAUGCCAGUAUCCAGGCACCUGUCGUGAAAAGGUAAACGUCUUUGGGCGUCCCGCCGACCUCGAGCGCCACUACAAGAAUGCGCAUGUAGAUGAAAAAGAUAGUUUCCCUUGUGACUAUUCAAGAUGUGCUCGAUCCCAAGACCCUUUUACCCGAAAAGACCACUACAGAGACCACCUUAAGGACUUCCACAAGGAAGACAUCGGCCGGGCCAGAGGGUCAAGGGAUAUGGAUAGACAGAAGUGGCAACGAGCCCAGGAGACAUGGCUGGCUGAGCGAGCUGUCUCCCCAAAACAUUGGCGGUGUGCUAGGUGUCUCGUGAAAAACCCUGUUCCGAGAUGGGAAUGUCUGUCGUGCAAAGACCCGUGCGAGGAAGAUCGAAGAAUCCGACGUGAGAGGUUCACCGGAGGGUCCGCCUCUUACCUGAACAGGGAUCAAGAAUACGCAUCGUCAUCGCUUUCUUAUCCGACCUGCACGACCUGCAAAGGCACAUAUUGGUUUGCUGAAUUGGGGGCUGGUAAUCAUAUUCCGUGCCCAACAUGCCAAGGCAGUACUGUUCCUUCUCAGGACUUCGGUUCUUUCGGUGAGACUGCAUGGGCGGGUGAUAUGCCAAUCGGAGGGCGAAGAGAGAACACAUUCUCGAGCCAAGAAGUCUUAGACAACCCCACCACCCGUAAUUCAAAGGAGCCUCUGAGCAAUGCAAACAGUGGUGAAAAGCCAAGGUCUGGACCACCGACCACACCUAAUCGCUCUGCGGCACCACCCUCCUGCAAACCUGAUGUUGGCGAGGAAGAGGAUCCCCAAGGAGAGAAAGACGAAGACGCGAUCAAUCCCGAGGUGCAGCGAAAGGAAGAAUUAAGAGCACGUUUGGCGAAAUUGAACCGCAAUAUGGGUAUGCAGGGCAUGUUCGGUCAAGAGGACCAACGCGAACAGAGGUUCCAGUUAGCCAGCCUACCGAGUGGCCUUACCCAGGAAAAUCGGAGAACAGAAACCGGACACGCUGCGGUUCGGGUCCCUGACAUCACAGCGGACAAAACGAAGGAGAGCAUCGGCAAGGAAGAUGUUAGGAAAGAAUACGCAGAUGCAGGAGUUCAGGUGGACAUCAUAACUGAUCAGACCACCGGGGCACCAGGGAGGAACAUGCGAGGAAAGAAUAUGCAGAUGCGGCAAUUCAGGUUCGACAUUACAGCAGAAGGAAGCAACGCCACUGGCCAUCAAAAACCAGAUAGUCGUCAAGAGUCUAUUUCCCAUACUAAGGUGGUUCCAAUAGGCGACGGCCCUCGGCCAUCUGCGAUGUCCCCGGAAAUGGUGACUGAGAUAUUGGGUCUAAUUUCCCAGGUUCUCGACGAACGAGAUCGACGCCAGGAUAAGAGAUCGUUCAUGGGAGAGAAUCAUAGAAGCUGACUGUAGUGGAACUGAUAAGGAAAUCUUGAGCAUUGCGAAUGUGGCAAUGCCCUGCCCACAAGCAACUCAUACUGGGCUCGAACAAGACAUGACAGACCUCGAAACCCAAUCUUCAACCUCCGCAGCCAAUUCUAAGGCUGAGCUAGCUCUGCUGGGGAUGGCCAAUCUGCCACGAUUUGCGAAACCUCAUCCAGGAUCCUCGCGUGGCUUCUCGACCAGCACAAACAGAAUCUCUACAUUAGGUACUUGAAGGUUGC